AUGGCGGACAUGACAACAUAUACACUUUCAAACGUUUCUUACUUUAAUUGUCAAUAUUCUUUGUUUAUCCAUCCUUAUUUUCACCUUAAAUCAACAAAAUGAUGUCUUGAAAUAUUCCUGAGAAAUGGCAGCAGUAGAUUUGAUUUUGAAAACGCUAAUGUGCUCAAAAGAGUUCUGUSAAGCAGACGAUAAAAAUUGGGAUGCGGUAGCGAAGCUCAUUCCGGGAUCAACAGCUCAGCAGUGCUGCAAGCGAUGGAAAGAGCUUCAAGCUCAUCUACCACUUCAGUACAAAAUGUGUGGUUUUCCAAGCCAAUCAAGUGGCAUUCAGCAAGUUAUUUCCAAGUUACUCAAAUAUGACUUGAUAAAUGACAGCAARUCAAAAACAAAGAAAAAGUGUAAUAGUACAAAACAAGCUUACAACUCUAUGACAAAGCAAUCUGUUGAACAAGAAGACAACGAUGGAUCAGGUGUCAAUGUCUUUGUUUUGUUUUGGAUCUUUUGCAUCUACUAGCGUCUUUUAGUUUAUGAUUUAUAACAUGCACAGUGCGUUCUAUGACUAAUCUUGAUCAAAUAUUUUUCUACUUUCUUUURCUAUCUGAAAUGCUUUAUUGGGGAACCUCAAAUUGAAAAGAAAAGCAUAGGUAAGUUAAACACUGCUGUUUUGAGAUAUAGCUGUAAAUUGUAAUGUCAUAAGAUGCUAUAAUUGAUCUAGAUGCAAAUAUAAGAGUUGCUAAGUAUAAAGAUUCAAUGAUAAUUUUGGCAGUAGUGUGUGAUUGUGCAUUUAUUUAAAUACUAGGUGAUUGGCCAGUUGAUCACGUUUGAUCUUAGCCAAUCGGCGUGCGGUCUCAGACUGAAGGAAAAUCCCCUUCCCCCUUCCCACAAAGCAUCACAAGCUGAGAUUAUUUUGCUUCUUACAGAAUUCAUUUGAAAUACUGGCACAUAUCUUAAGUUAAAUAAUUGAAUUUUGUCCUUCGCGCAGUAGACAAUCGGAUUCUCCUUCUAGACCAUGAUGAUG